AUGCGCGCCUCUGCAAUACUCGCUCUAGGCGUCAGCGCUCUCGCCUGGGCCACCGACGCUACCGGCCUACACCGUCGCCAGGGAUCGGCUCCUUAUUGCCCGCCUCGGUCAGCAACGCCAGAGGAACAACGAGUCAUUUUGGGAGAAUUCAUUCAGGCUUUCUACGUGGACAGAAACGCUACCAAGGCCCUGCUCAACCACGUCUCGGAGGACUACAUUCAGCAUAACCCAAGCGCCCUCUCAGGCCGACAAAACACUUUAGAUGUUCUUGGACCUUUCGUAUCCCCGAAUACCGUCAAUAACACGAUCAUGAAUAAGGGCUUCGAGAAUAAUGUUGCGUUCGACGGCACCUGCAUCAUGGAGCACUGGGAUGUGGCACAGCAACGCCCUGCCAACGCGACCAACCCUCUAGCGAUGUUCUGA